CACUGAAGGCAAGUAAUUCAUCUGUUUAUUUACAAUGCUAUUAAGCCAGUAUUCAUCUAAUAUCUAACACAUUUAAUGCACUUCCACUCAGGCGGAUAAGAUUGACGCACGGCAACCAAUUUUGGUGAGAGCUGAGUGGGAGCUGGACCAUUCCCAGUCUACUAAUCUUCUUUCACAACCGGUGAUGGAUCCCAGUCAGCCUACCACAGUGAUAAGACAGGUGGGCAUAAUUACAGGCUGCGAGAAGGACGGCGACAAAACCUGCCGUGUGGAUCUAGGAGUUAAAGCCACAUCUUCCAACCAAGAGACGGCAUCUGUGAUUGGUAGCGAAGACAAACCCUCCGUGACAGUAAGUGUGUCCAACAAAGGAGAACCUGCCUUCCUCCCCAGCGUUACAGUCAGAGCAGACCCUCCCCUCGCCCUGCUACUCCCCAGCACACACAGCUGUGACUUCCCUUCAGCAGACAGGUCCUCCUGUAUGUCAUCUCAGGAACCCAAUUAUGCCUGGCGAGAAGUUCAUGUACCCGAAUUUUAUAUCCUCUUAGUGCUUCCUUGGCAUUUCCACGUCACUGUUAACUACAAAGGAGAAUCACUGGAGAUUCACACAAACACACCCCCAAAGAUAAUCACCAGCACGAACCCCUAG